UCACAAUGAGUGGUGUGAACUGAAUUUACCAGAUGAGUAACGAUAACAUGCUAUUUUACCUUUCUUGACAAUGAUUUUCCCGUUACUCAAUAGAUACUCAAAAUGAUGAAGAUAGUCGCCGCUCUUGUUGCCUGCCUGGCUGUUACCGCCUUUGCCGAGCCUACCGGUCUGUAUGGUGGAAUUGGCGGGUUGAAAGGAGGACUGGGCGGAAUUGGCUACGGAAUGGGUGGAUUGUACGGAGGCCUUGGAGGUCUUGGAGGCCUUGGAGGUCUUGGAGGCUAUGGAGGUCUAUACGGAGGCAUGGGAGGUCUAUACGGAGGCAUGGGAGGUCUAUACGGAGGCAUGGGAGGUCUAUACGGAGGCAAAUACGGAUACGGCAUGGGAGGUCUGUACGGAGGACUCGGGGGCUAUGGUGGUCUCUACGGAAUGGGAGGAUACGGAAUUGGAUUGGGAAAAGGUAUCGGCUAUUAUUGAGUUAUUAUCACCUGCAGUGUGAUGCUGGCUAUUUAUGUAUUUUCUCA